AUGCCGUCCUUGAGAUCUCGCUUCGGCCGUGCAGCCAGAGAGGAGCAGAAAACGUCGGCCCGCCGCAUGUUUCGGUACUGGAUCAAACCACCACGGAUACCGGAAAAGAACGACCACGCGCUGAAGUUCGGAAUCCUGGGCUCGGCUUCUUCGGUCUACACCAUCCUGAUCCAGCCAGCCGUAUACCACGCCGACGUCAAGGUUCAUGCGAUGGCUUGCGAUAACCGGCGCACAUGUCAAGAGUGGCGUCGGAGGUACGGCAUCCGCAGGGCGUAUACCAGUUACCAGGUCCUCCUCGACGAUGCCGAAAUCGAUGCCGUCCUCAUCGCCCUCGAGCCCCCCUUGUGUCUGGAAUGGACCAUCAGGGCCCUCGCAAAGGGCAAACACGUCCUGCUCGACGCCCCCGGCACGAGCAACGUGGCCGACGCGGAACGCCUCUUCAGCGGGCCCUUUCUCGGAUCCGCAAACUGCCCCGUCCUCCUCGAGUGCAGCCCGUAUCGGUUCCACCCCAGCUGGCUCGAGUUCGAGAGAGUGAUCAGCAGGCGGAACGUGGCGCGAGUCAAGAUCCUCGUGGUGCUGCCGGCGACCGUUGACAAGGACAAGGAUCUGCGGUUCCGCCUCGAGCACUCGGGCGGCGCCGGGCUGGAUAUGGGGUACGCCACGUCGCUGAUGCGCGCCAUCUACGGCGUCGACCCGGUGACAUGUCUGCGCAGCGAGGUCGACGUUGCCAAUCCGGCCGACUCCUACGGCGAGUACACGCAAUACGACCUCACUUGGCUGUUCCCGGGCGGGGCCGUCGGCGAGAUGAGGGGCGUGGUGGCGCUAGGGAAGCGGAUGGGGGUGCCGGUGUCGUCCCGGGACGCCGGCGUCACCAUCGAGGUCCUACACCGCCGCCUCGAAGUUCCCGUGGGGGAGACGGCAGCGGUGGCGGCGGCGGCGGCGGCCACAUCACCGUCGGACGCGCUCGCCGACCGGCGCAUGCAGGUCACCCGGAGGGUCACGCUCCGCUACCGGGACGGCCCGCCGUCACGCCACCGGCUCACCAUCGAGGAGGAGGCCGUCUUCUGCGACCGCGAGACGGGCCGGGUGGUCCACAGGACGCGCGGCGGCAAGUCGCUGUCCGCCUCCACGCUGCGCGCCGCCGACCGCGCAAACCGGUUCCUCCCCGAGUCCAAGCCGUACUGGACCGCGCCCCUGUACCAGCUCGACGGCUUCGUCAACCGCGUCCGCCGCACCUCCCCCCUCUCCCCGCCCGGAGCCUGGGUCUCCCCCGCCGACAGCCUCGCCAGCGCGAGGGCCAUGGACGAUGGGCUCCGCGCGGCCGGCAUCGUGCCGCCGCCGCCCAGCACCUUCCGCCUCGAGGACCUGCAGUUGACCCCCCAGGAGCUCGAGAGAUUCGCCGCGCCGCCGCCCCCGCAAGCCGAGAGCUCCGGUCGGGCCGGGGGUUCUCAUCAGGCCGAGGGAUCUCAUCAGGCCGAGGGAUCUCAUCAGGCCGAGGGAUCUUGUCAGCCGCAGGAACCGGCUCAGACGGAAGGGCUUUUUCAUCAGCCUCAGCAACAGUUACCUACCCGAACCGGCGACCGGGUCCGUCCCCGCCCGUCCGGUCGGUCUUCGCGGUUCAUUCGCGCCUGGCUCGACGCCCUGAGCCCGAGGGGGGAGCAAGAGGAGACGCCCGCAGUCUCCGGCUCCGGCGCACACUCGGACGUGCCGUCGCGGCAGGGCAACGGGUCCGGGUCCGGGUCCGCUCUCGCUCACGGGUCCCGCCAAACCCAGAGCAACAACACCCACGGCGAGGAGGUGCCGAUAGUCCUCCGAACGUCACUGCCGGACGGGCGGCCGACGGAAGCGCACGAAACCGCGGAGGCUCGCCCGCCACCGUCGUCAUCUCUCCGGUCACGGUCAUCUGCCCGCGCGCGCCGGUCCGUUCAUGAUCGGUUCUCGGUUCGGGUGUCCCGCUUAGCCCAGGUGCUCGGGCCGAAUCACAUUCGAGUCCGCGCUCUUCGAUACUUUCAGUCGCUAAAGGCCGCCCAGUCGCAGUGCAUCCCUCAAGGCCCUCGGGGCCAGGGCCAGGGCCAGGGCCAGGGCCAGGACGAGGACGAAAACGGGGUAGAGUUGGCAAGGAUGCCAGGCGUGGAGGCCGCCUACGAGCCGCCGCAAGAGCGGGGAUCGAGCCCGAGUCAACGAUCGGCCCGGUCUCGGUCUCGACAGUCAGGCCGCUCUCAAAUGUCUGCUCGGGCGCACCACCGGCUCGCCCGUGCUUCCGGUCGCGGUCGGGCUCGUGGAGUCUCGCCGGGCCCGGAAGAAGCCUCUGACGACGGCCCCCGAGACACCGACGCCGCUCAAGCAGAGGACGGUAACGCCCGGGGUCGAGGAGAGGAGGGGAUGCCGAGUCCAGUGCCGGCGCAGCAGGAGGACAGGCCGCGGGGCGGGGCGCAGCCGACGGGGCCGUCGUUUCGGGCCUGGAACGCCGGCCGCGGCCCUCGCGGCCGCGAAGGCCAACACGACUCUCAAGGAUAG